AUGGUUCAAUUUUCAGAAGAGACUAAGGAGCGCAUCUCCAAGGUUAUCGAUAUCUCAAGGGUCGCCAUUCAUUACGGGUAUUUGCCCUUGAUUGUUUAUCUCGGCUACACCUAUAGCGAACCAAAACCAUCUUUAUUCAAGUAUUUUCAAUUACUUUCUACGUUGAAAACCAGAGCUGAUGUCAUGGAUAGGUUAUUCUCGCCGCUCGCAUAA